UGUUAGUGUUAGUUUUGCCCGCGUCGCUCGCAUUUCGCUGUAGAAGCAGAACGUAGAAGAGAAAAAAUACCGCCGUCGUGUUUGUUACUUUGAAUCGGAGGAAUUCGAUUAGGAACCGAACCGAAUUGAAUUGUUAUCAAAAAGCCGAAUUCUUUACGUAAUAGUACAUAGUAUAGUUUAAUAUAGUUAUACCGCCAUUGGAACUAAAUAGUCAAAAAUACUCUUGUUUUAUUUUAUUUUUUUGCUGUGAGUGCGCGUGAAUACGUGGAAAAAUAAGAGGAAAACUGGAAAAUACGCAGACUACCUGUUGAUCCGCAGAUCUCUACGGAUUUAGUGUGUGUGUGUUUUUUUUGUUUUUAUUGUUUAUCCGUUUGCCAAAGGUCGCGGGCUGAAAAGGCAACCACUUUCGCCGUGCCCAGUGCACGUGCAUUCCAUAUAUUUGGAAAAUAUUUUGAAAAAUAUUUGGAAAAUAUUUUGAAAAUAUAACUAAACACAACACAAAUGAUGGUGGAGCUACGGUUGCCCACCAUACCCAUAAGCUUCUGGCUAAGAUUGGAACUAUGGAUUCUAGUGAACCAAGUCAUCAUUAGCCACACCUUCAACCUGGAACAGCGAUUGCCAAUCGUGAAGUACGGACAUCGACACUCGCAUUUCGGCUACUCGGUGGCCACCCACACGAUUGGUGAGGCCAAUGGGCCCAACAAGACCAAUUGUGUCUUGGUGGGAGCUCCACUGGAUCAAAAUCGACAGCCGAACACCACACACUCUGGCGCCCUCUGGCGGUGUCCCAUGACACAACGUUUCGAUGACUGCGAACAAGUGAUCACCGAUGGCAGGCGAUCAAACGGAGCAUAUGAGAUUAAUAAGCCGUUCGACAGCGAAAUCCUUUCGCCGCCCGGCAACGACGAAAUCAAGGAGGACCAAUGGAUGGGCGUUACGGUGCGAUCGAAUCCCUUACAGGCCAACGGAUCCGGCGGAAAGGUGAUUGUCUGCGCCCAUCGCUACAUGUACAUCGUGCGUGAGAACCGUUAUGGCCAGGGUCUCUGCUAUCUGCUCACGAACGAUCUGCAGUUCGAGGAGGUCCACGAGCCCUGCAAAGGACGGCCCGUGCAAAGGCAACACGAGGAUUAUGGACUGUGCCAGGCGGGCACAUCGGCUGCCCUGCUGGACGAUGACACCAUGGUGCUGGGCUCCCCGGGACCGUACACGUGGCGCGGUUCCAUUUGGGUGACCCAGGUGGGCGGGGAGUAUCUGCAGCGCGACAAGACGACCUACUACAGUGAUCACACGGACUCCAAUUCGCCGGUGGACAAGUACAGCUAUCUGGGCAUGUCGGUGACCGGUGGCAGAUUCUUUGGCCACAUGUCCUAUGCGGCUGGUGCACCACGAUCCGAGGGUCAUGGACAGGUGGUGAUCUUCGACAAGUCCACCGAUAAUCCAAUGCCGGUGCACUCGAUCCUUGAUGGCGAGCAGUUUGGUUCCAGUUUUGGCUAUGAACUGACCACCGCCGAUGUGAACGGAGAUCACAGGCCGGAUUUGAUAGUGGCAGCGCCGCUGUACUUCACGAAAACGGAGGGUGGAGCUGUGUACGUGUACCAGAACAACCAGGAUACGUUGCCCACGAAGUACACACUCAAGUUGACGGGUCCGCUCGAGAGUCGUUUCGGUCUGGCACUGGCUAAUAUCGGUGAUCUGAACAAGGAUAACUGCGAGGAUCUGGCCGUGGGUGCACCAUACGAGGGCAAUGGCGUAGUCUACAUCUACUUGGGUUCGCGGCAGGGUCUGAAUUCCAAGCCCGCCCAGAAGAUCCUGGCCUCGGAACUGGGUGGCGCGGUGCCCAAUGGUCAACCGAUACGCACCUUUGGCAUCUCCAUAUCCGGCAACACCGACUUGGAUGAUAACUCCUAUCCGGAUGUGGUAAUCGGAGCGUUCAACUCCUCGGCAGCCGUGAUCCUGCUGGCCAGACCCAUCAUCAGCAUCCAGACGAGUGUGCAGCGCGAGGAGCUGCGCAACAUGGAUCCCAAUAGGCCCGGCUGCUUGGCCGAUCCGGCCAGCAAUCUCACCUGUUUCACGUUCCGAGCAUGUUGCAGCAUCGAUCCGUACGAUGAGAAGAACAAGGAACUCCGCUUGGCAUAUAGCGUUGAGGCGGAAACCUUUGAUCAUCUAAAGAAAUUCUCUCGGGUCUUCUUCUUCGAUCGGGACAAUAAGCGAACGAAUGUGCUCAGUCGCGUGGUGAAGGUGCACACGGAUGGUCGGACCGAAUGCCAAGCGGUGACGGGUUACAUCAAGUCCAAUACCCGGGAUAUCCAGACACCGGUGCGCUUCCGAUUGAAGUACUCGCUGGAGGAGCCGCCACUGGCCGAAUCCGCAUUGGUACGCCUCAAUCCAAUAUUGGAUCAGACGCAGGCGCAUGUCGAUUUCGAGGGCACCUUCCAGAAGGACUGUGGCGAUGACGAUCUCUGCGAGAGCAACCUGGUCAUCCGGGCGGAGCCGAACAUUACUGAAUUCUCAGGCAAUGCAUACAAACUGAUUCUGGAUGAGACGGAACUGGAGGUGCGCAUCAAUGUCAGCAAUCUGGCGGAUUCCGCGUACGAGGCUCAACUCUUCAUCGCCCAUCAGGCGGGCGUUUCAUAUGUGGCCACCAAGAAGCCGACGAAUGCCACUUGCAACAGUUAUAAUGCCACGCUGGUGGCAUGCAGCCUUGGUAAUCCCAUGCUGCGCGACACCACCACAUUUGUGACCAUCCGAUUCCAGCCCAAAGGAUUGGAGCCCAGCGAGAAGACGAUGCUAUUCCACAUAUUCGCAAAUACCACGUCCAAGCUGGUGGGACGCGAGCUGCCCGAGCGGGAUCUUCUCGUGAAUGUGGUGCGUCGGGCGAGGCUCAAUGUCCGCGGCUGGGCCAAACCCGAGCAGAGUUUCUACAGUGGAUCGCGUGUGGCAAAUUCGGUGGCAACUACUGUCGCCUCCUCGGAGACGGAGGGACAUGGUCCCAUGGGUAUGGACGAUGUGGGCUCUCAGGUUCAGCACAUGUUCACCAUCUACAAUGAUGGACCAUCGACGGCGCCGAAAGUACAAAUGGUCAUCCACUGGCCGUACUCACUGUACAGUGAUCCACAGAGCGGUCGACCGGUACAGUAUCUGCUCUAUCUGGAGCAAGUGCCCACUGUGGAAGUCAGCCAGGGCGAAUGCCAUGUGGCCAAGGAAUAUGUUAAUCCAUUGAAUUUGGCCAGCGGCUCUAGGGAAAAUCCAGCUGCCUUCAGUGCUCCGGCCCAGAUGCGAAUGUUCCCCUCGCACUCGCACUCGCGUCAUUCGUUCAACAAGAGCUCGAUCCAGUCGCAGCGAAGCUACUUCUCCAGCAGCCACCGGGAUGAGCAUUCGGAUGACGCGCAAUCAAGCCGCAAUCGUGUCCGUCGCAGUUUCCUGGAACGGGUGACCCGCCUGGAGCGGUUAAUGUACGAUUCCGAGAGUGGCAAUGCGGCGGGCUCGAAUGGCAAGAAGCAGGACAUCGUGGAGCUGGACUGCAACAAGGGCGCGACGAACUGCGUCCGCAUCGAGUGCGAUAUCCUAAAUAUGCCCGCCAAUUCCGAGGCACAGGUGAUGGUCCUGGCGCGGCUGUGGAACUCGACGCUGGUCAGUGAAUAUCCUCGGGUGGAAAGGGUCAGGAUUUUCUCGACAGCCACAGCCCAAAUACCCGAGAGCUAUGGCGUCGAGAUGAUGGAUCACAUUAACAUAGAGGUGGAGACGCGUGCCUAUCCGGAGUUGAGGAACCAACAGCGGGACACAUCGAUACCCUGGCUGAUUAUCAUACUGGGCAUCGUGGGCGGACUGCUCCUCCUGGCGCUGGUCACCUAUGUGCUGUGGAAGGUUGGCUUCUUCAAGCGCAUCCGACCCACCGAUCCGACGUUAAGCGGCAAUCUGGAGAAGAUGAACGAGGAGAAGCCCUUCCUGGCGCCAUCAAAGAAUACGCAUCACGUUUUCUAACAAGAGGGCACCGUCGGCUGGGAUUUGGUGCGCCGUCGGAGGCGUCGACGUCGUCUAAAGCUGCGACUUCCGGUUUCCGCUCAGCCGCGACAUGGCUGGCGGAAAACUACGGUCAAGUCCAAUAACAAUAAUAAUAAUAACAACAGCAGCAGCAACGACAGCGAUGUGGACGUACUUUCGCUGACACCACCGCCGCCACCUCUUAGCAUCCUCAGCUGGGGAAACGAUGGCUAUUACCAAGCCAGCGCCGCCUGGUGGGGUCACCACAUGUGAUCAAAUCGCGGUUCACCGUGGAUCAAGUGGGUCAUGUGGGACAUGUGGGUUGUGGUUCAAUGUGCCAUUUCGUUUACUUAAUACACAAGGCUAAGUUCAGUUCUGUGGAUGCGAUCAGAUGGAAUUGAUAGCCGGGAUUCCGUUACUGGCAUCAGCUAAAUAUAAAUUCCAUUUUAUAACUAAUUUCCCUAAAAAAAAAAUAUAAUGAGAAAAAAUUCCCCUUCAAAUGGUGCUUUUAAACACUUAGGACCUCCUGAAACCUUUAAAAUGUACAUAAGCACCUAGCACUUUAUAUUUAGCUGAUGCCAGUACUGAGCUUAGGGUCUAAAGAUUUAGCUAAGCCCAAAACGUUGAUAAUCUUUGUGAAAAGUGUUAUUGUCAAAUAUAGAUUUAAGCCUUAGUUGUUAGGCUUAGUUGUAGAGAACGACGAGGAAAUUCCGAAUAUAGCAUACAUACGAAACCACUGCCAAUAACAAAUGAUAAGUGCCUCGACGAAAUCGAACCGACAUAAAAACAAAAGAAAAUAUAUAAAUGCAAGAAAUCGAAAGUAUUAGCACAAACUUAAUGCAUAACUAAAAAAUAAUCCACGUAACUGAAUUUAGCAUACACCGAACAGAUUAUUCAUAUUUUGUUUGUUUUCCGUCAACUAAUUUAAGUGAUAGUUUUUUCGAAAUUGUGCAAAACACUAGAGAUGUUAGUUUUUGAUUGUAUGUAUGUACGUGUGGGGUCGAGUUUUAGUUAAAUUAGUUGUAAAUAUAAAUUCAAUAGUACUAGCUGUAAAUAGUAAUUAUGUUCUUUAUCUAUUUAAUAUACGAUU